CUCUCUCUCUCUCUCUCUCUCUCUCUCUCUCUCUCUCUCUCUCUCUCUCUCGUGUAUGAAAAUUUUCUUUCUGGAAGCAAUUAACAAAAAAUGGGUGCACUUGAUUACCUCUCCAACUUUUGCACAGUCAGAAGCACCAGCAUCAGAGGCAGAAGAAAACCGAUGCAGACAGUUGAAAUCAAAGUCAAAAUGGACUGUGAUGGAUGUGAAAGAAGAGUGAAGAAUGCUGUUAAGAACAUGAAAGGUGUGAAGACUGUGGACGUUAACAGAAAGCAAAGCCGAGUAACAGUUAGCGGAUAUGUGGAGCCAAACAAGGUGUUAAAGAGAGUAAAGAGCACAGGAAAAAGAGCCGAAUUCUGGCCCUACAUACCUUACAAUUUGGUCAGUUAUCCGUACGUGAAUCAAGCCUACGACAAACGGGCUCCGGCUGGUUUUGUCAAGAAUGUUGUUCAAGCUGUUUCAGCCCCCAAUUCUACAGAUGAGCGAAUGACAUAUCUUUUUAGUGACGAUAACCCUAAUGCUUGUUCAAUCAUGUGAUACAUAUACUUACUAUAUUUAGUAUAAUUAAGUUCAAUCUUUCUUUACUUGGUUGUUUGCUUUUGGCGUUAUAAGUAGUAGCAAUAUGAUGUGGUGAAUUGUACGUUUAGAUACAGUUUGUCAUGCCUCGUAAUCGAGAUAUAGUUUUUGUAUCUGAGAGGCUCAUGCAAUCGAAAUUACGAAUAAUAUGAUGACGAAUUUGGUAA